AUGGGUUCGAACCCCAGGUCCACCAAGCUGCCACUACUGGGCCCCUGAGCAAGGCCCUUAACCUUCAGUUGCUCAGUUGUAAAUCACUCUGGAUAAGGGUGUCUGGUAAGAGGAAGUUUUGGACAGAGAAAAAAGAAGGCUGUCAAACGUAUGAAAGCAGCAAGUCUGGAAGUUGAGAGAAGCUUUUUCGUUAUGCUAGGCAAUAUUAUGAAGACAAAUCUUUGGAGUUCAUAUAAGGAAAGUGUAAUGUAUGCACUAUGGGGUUUCAUAGUUUUGUGAUAAGCCUGCCCCCUAGUGGUGACCUAUCGUGAUGUAUUGAUAUUUGCAUUCAGUUCGGGUUCAGUAAAAGAAUAACGUGAGAUACACAGCAAAUGAUGGUGUCGCGUUAUUAUUAUUCUGCCCGCAGACUCAACAGAAAGCUACAAGCAUCUGCAAAAACUACACUCAUUCCUGCCAUAGAAAACUUUAAACUUUAAAUGAACGAGUGUUACAAAGGUAGCGUUUAGGCGCCCUCUAGCGGGCUUUGACGGAUUUGCCGAAAUUGAUUGUGCACAUGAGGGAGAAAUGUGCCUCUCUUAUUACCUGAGGCAUUCUCCUUUGUAUAAUAUUAAGGACAUAUCCUUAAAUAUUUAGAAGUAAAUAAGUAUUUAAAGCGACUGUUUUCAAAAAAUACCACUGCAACAGACAUCAGUGAUAUUAAAGACUUAUACUGGUGAAAAAGUGUCUCCAAAAGGAAAAUUACCAGUAACUGUGAAUUACAAAGAAAAUCAGCAACAGCUCAACCUGUAUGUCCUGGAAAAUGGAGGGCCUGCAUUGUUCGGACACGAAAGGCUGAGGAAAAUACCUCUGGACUGGCACGCAAUAAAAAACUUGAAUGCAAAGGGACACAAAUGACUUUAUCGCAAAUUGUACAAAAUGCAGAACCUGUGUUUCAGAAAGGAAUAGGAACACUUAAAGGAAUAAAAGGGACUCUGGAGUUAAAAGAAGACACUUCUUCAAAAUUCUUUAAAACCCGCCCAGUUCCAUAUGCAAUUCGUCCCAAGGUGGAGGCAGAGCUGGAUCAUUUGGAAAAAACAGGAAUCCUGACUAAAAUUGAACAGAGUGAAUGGGCAACGCCCAUAGUUCCUGUGAUCAAAAAGGGUAAGACAGGGGAUGUGCGUAUUUGUGGGGACUUUAAAGUGACCAUUAAUCCAGCUCUUCAUGCAGUACAGUAUCCCCUGCCACGCAUUGAAGAUAUUUUCGCAUCCUUGUCCAGUGGAGAACACUUCUCAAAAAUUGACCUGGCCAAAACAUACCUCCAAAUGGAGAUGGAUGAGCAAUCCAAGAAAUUCUUGACCAUCAACAUACAUAAAGGGCUCUAUCAGUACAACCAUCUUGUUUUUGGAAUUGCAUCAGCCCCUGCCUUGUGGCAGAGAGCGAUGGACCAGGUGCUGCAGGGUAUUCCAGGAACGCAGUGUUACCUGGACGAUAAUAUUGUAACAGGGAAGGAUGAUGCAGAUCACCUCCAAAACUUACAAAACUUGUGUGCUGACUCGACUGUGUGAGUAUGGACUAAGAGCUAACAAAGAAAAAUGUGAGUUCUUCAAGUCUCGGAUUUCUUAUUGUGGUCAUGUGAUAGACAAAGAUGGUCUACACAAGUCACAGGACAAAAUUGAAGCUGUGUUAAAUGCACCAC